GUUUAUGGUUUUCUUCUUUGGUCAAUGUGUAGUCAUUUACAGCUCCCUGUAGCAAGAGCAGGACAUUUACAUAUUUUGUAUGCUAUGCAUAGGUAUUUUAAGUCUACUGGGAAAGUUUUAACUUGCGAGUUUUGCUCUUUAGGGUCUUUUUAAAGGAUGUUAAUACCUGCUGAUGGUGUUCCUUCCAAAACAGAAAGAAAGGCGUAUUCCUUGUGUUAAGCCAGCUGAGCGUACAAUAAGACUAUAUUACAACUAGAUUUUCUAAGGUCCCACAGGAACCGACUGACUGAACAGGAAGGAAGGGCAAUGACGUAUUUCCACAGCAAGAAAAAAAAAAGAAAAAAGUUGUCUCCUGCCAAGUAACAGAUUAUCUGUGAUGAUUUUCAACACUGCAGUCGACACGGCAAUGACACGUUAAAAGGAAGAGGGCUUAUCAUCAUCCACAAAGGAACAUUAUUGAGAACUACAUUAUUAUCUUAUUACAAAUCAAAGUAAAGUUAUUCCUGGAUUGUGCUGGAAUAAAAGAAGAAUGGCAGUUGAUUUUAAUUUGAGCUUUCUGAAGGAGCUGGAAAGGGAGAAGGUUUUAGAGGUCCUGUAUCGAGAUCAGUCACUUCAAAAGGCAGAGGAAGAAAGGAUACGAAAACUAAGAACCCAUUUACAGCAAUUUCGUUGGAAAGGUGCAAAGAGUGUCAGCAGAAAAUACCAAGAAAGAUCAUGCGCUCGCUGCCAGAAAGCACUUGGAAGUAUUUUGAACAGAGGUUUUGUAUGUGACGGGUGCAGUCACCGAGUGUGCCAGGAAUGUCAGGUUUUCCUAAGAAGCCUCAUAUGGAAGUGUACAGUUUGCUAUUUACAUCGGGAGAUUAAAAUAAAGACUGGGGAUUGGUUCUUUGAAGAAAGAGAAAAUAAAUUUCCAUCAGCAGGUAAACAUGAAACCGCGGGGGCAAAAUUUUUAAAGUCAUACCAAAACAUGAGUAAAAUCUCAGUUGUUCCUCCCACACCACCUGCUUACAGUGAUGAUCAUUCAGAAAAUGACUCUGUGGAAUUUAACAAAGCCAAAGGAUUUAAUAAGUCGAUGGAGAAUGUAUUUUUCUGUCUCACUACACAAAUGAAAAAAUUUUCUAAAUCUCAGAAUGACAUGACUACACAUAAAUAUUACCUGACUACUGACUACAGUCAAAAACUAGAAACAAGGAAGGAAAGAAGAAGCCACUCCGAUACUGCCAUCAAUAUAGCUAGUCAGCUGGAAAAAGCACACAGCCUGCAUGACCUGAUCUACAAAGCCAAAGAAGAGGGAUUGCUAGAGAACAAGAUUACAAAACAAAUGACAGCAGACAACCUCCGAUUGAAGCAAAGUAUACCCCUUGGAAACACAAAAACAGCCAGUAUGCCGAGCAUUCACAGUAUGUGUACUGAAGCAGACAUCUUUGAGAAUGCCAAUGUCACUGGAGGAAUAGAGUUUGCCAUUAUAUAUAAUUAUAAGACCUGUACCUUGGAAAUCAACAUCAAAGCAUGUAAGAAUUUGGCAUAUGGGGAAGAGAAGAAGAAAAAGUGUAACCCGUAUGUAAAGAUUUAUUUACUUCCUGAUAAAUCUGCUCAUGGUAAAACGAAGACUAGCGUUAAGAAAAAUACAGUUGACCCUUUGUUUAACGAAACACUAAAGUAUACUAUUGCGCAUACACAGCUUGAGACACGAACACUUCAGGUAUCCCUGUGGCACUCAAGUACCCUGAAAAGAAAGGUAUUCUUAGGAGAAGUGACCGUCCCCUUCGAGCUGUGGGAUUUUGAAGACAGUACUACACAGUCCUUUAAAUGGUACCAUCUUAGAGCAAAGCCCAACAGGCAUGAAGAAAGUGUGGUGCAAUAUCACGGAGAGCUUUUUGUACAAGUCAGACUGGACAUACCUUCUCUUUAUAACCGUUUCCUAUAUGGAGAACUGGUGUCACCUGGUACUGAUGUAAAAAAAACUGACAUGAUCCAACUUUAUCUCAGAGUAAAUGGAGCUAAGAAUUUAUCAUUGAGACCAGAUGGCAUUUUAAAUCCCUAUGUAAAAAGCUGUCUUGUCUUCCCAAACAAACGGGAAAUAAAGCAAAUGACUCCAGUUCUAAAAAAGCAAGGAUGUCCAGAAUGGAAGCAUACAAUAAUUUUUAACAUCCAGACUCCAAAUGAACUUCAGAAUUCUCGUCUAGAUCUUACAGUCUGGGACCAGUCACCAGUUGGUGGGAAUGACCGUUUCCUGGGCGGAGCUAGCAUGAACGCAGGUGAGGAGACCAAUCUGCCUACAUGUCCUCAGCCAGCCCAGCUUUUAUGGCAGAAGUUACUUAAUAAGCCAAAUGAGUGGAUAGAGGGCACACUUGAGCUGCAUUCCAGCAUGGUUUCGCUCAAUUACUAAAAUGCAUUUGGAAACACCUAAGAGUUCAUACAAUAUAUCAAUAAGUCAUUGUGGCAAUGUUUUUAGAAACCAUAUAUAUGUAUGUUACAAUACUCAACAAUUGUUUCUGACUUUGUAACUAAAGUUUGAUGACAUACAGCACUAUAUCAGCUAUUAGCAAACAAACGCUCUUAAAGGCAUAUUCUUUUCAGUAUAUCUAUAUUUGCUGAUUUAUUGGAAUCGUGGUUUUUGAAAGUGAUAUUGUACAUAACAACGAAUGGCUUUUCUUUUUUGUACAAUUAGAGAAUAUUUCUUAUCCUACGAAUAGUAAAUAGUUAAUUGCAAAAUUGUAAUUUA